AUGAAUCUAAGAAAUAACUUUGGCAAUGAUCUGGACGUGGAAUGGAAUAUUAUGUGGGGAUUAGCCAUAUGGAAGCUUUGGCAGUGGAGGAAUGAAUUUAUUUUCAACAGUGAUUUUCAUAAGCCACGCAAUCCUGCCUUGUUUGUUCUCAAUAUGUGGUCCUCCUUUGCUGGUAAAAAAGUUGUCGAGAAUCAACCUGUUAUUAAGAUACAUUGGCAGUUGCCGCCACCCACACUUUUCAAACUGAAUUUUGACGGAGCAAAGUUCAAUUCAUCUCAGUUGGCAGCUUGUGGGGGCCUUAUCUGUGAUCAUGAAGGCACUUGGGGUCUGGGAUUUUCUUAUUAUCUUGGUAUCUGUUCUCCCCAUGAAGCUGAGGAAUGGGGAAUAUUAAAGGGUCUCAAUCUAGCAAUUCAAAUGGGGUUCAACAUUCUUGUAGUAGAAUCUGAUAACCAGAAUUUAAUACACUCCCUCACAAAUUGGAAUUCUCACUCUACAGCUUGCUUGACAACUCCAUUGCUUUCUUUACUGACAGAAGUUCAUCUCCUAGAAGUGUAA